GCCGGAGGAGGCAGGACUUCCUGGUGUGGGGGUUGUCAACAGCUCGGAAGAGACAGAGCGAGCGCCAGAGCUCGGGAACGAGCACCGAGCGGGGUAGCGGGGCCCGGGGGUGCCACGCGGAGCCGCCAAGGAAAACCCGCUCGCCGGGACAACCCCCCCCCCCCCCGGCGCCGGCCGCCCAGGGGCCUGCGGAGCUCCCUGAGGUGGAGCCGCGGGAGGAGGCGGGGGUUCCCUCUUUGCUGGAGAGCAAACUUUCCGCCGAGAUGCCUGGCGGGGCGAGUGGCGGCCCCCGACGACGCCCGGACGGGCUCUGAUCGCGCCCCCUCCGCGCUGCCGAGGCCAGGAGCCCCCCCGGGAAAGGACACCAGGACAUCGUAGGAGGCAGGGACCCCGGGCCCAACAGACUGGCGGAGACCGAGAGUUUGCAAACUCAGCUCUGGAGCAGCGACAACAGCAGGAAAAACCUGCCCGAGCCCUCCCCUGCCGCCUGCCCUCCCCUGCCCCCCACUCACCAGCCAGCCACCCCCAGUUUCCGCAAGGCCCUCCUGCCAUGUCGGACCCAGACCUCCCUCGGGGCCCCCCUGCCCCCGCCAUGUGGCCCCCCUGUUCCAGGGGCGCCUGAGCCCCGCCGAGGACCCCCAGCAGCACCCUUCCCGCCUCGGCCCAGUCGUGCACCCCAGGGACCAUGAGCGGAGGCAAGAAGAAGAGUAGCUUCCAGAUCACCAGCGUCACCACGGACUACGAGGGCCCCGGGAGCCCCGGGGGCUCAGAUCCCCCCGCUUCUCCGGGCCCCACCGGGCCCCCCGGGCCCCCCGCCCGCCUGCCCAAUGGGGAGCCCAACCCGGAGCCAGGGGGCAAGAGCACCCCGCGGAACGGCUCCCCGCCACCGGGCGCCCCAGCUGCCUCCCGUUUCCGGGUGGUGAAGCUGCCCCAGGGCCUGGGAGAACCCUAUCGCCGAGGCCGCUGGACGUGUGUGGAUGUUUACGAGAGAGAUCUGGAGCCCCCCACCUUCGGCCGGCUCCUGGAGGGGAUCCGGGGGUCGUUGGGGGGCACCGGAGGCAGAUCCCUGGACUCCAGGCUGGAGCUGGCCAGCCUAGGCCUGGGUGUCCCAGCCCCGCAGCCAGGCCUGUCUCAGGGCCCCACCUCCUGGCUGCGCCCACCCCCUACCUCCCCUGGACCUCAGGCCCGCUCCCUUACCGGGGGUCUGGGCCAGCUGGCCCUCUCCACCAAGGCCAAGGUGGAGACGGCCCCCCUAUCGGCCUCUCCACCCCAGCAGCGCCCCCCAGAGCCGGCAGCUGGGGAUAGCGCGGGCCCAUCCCGUGCAGCCACGCCCCUGCCCUUCCUGCGGGUGGAAGGGGAAUCUGGGGGCUCGGCCAGCAGCACCCCACCACUGUCCCGAGGGAAAGAUGGAGGCCUGCGGCUGAGGAUGGAGUUGGCUGGUUCAGAGGAGAUGGCACAGGCACCCCUGCGGGACUCUCACCCUAGCUCCCCGGCCCUCUACUUCUUUCCCGACGCCAGUCUGGUUCACAAGUCUCCAGAUACCUUUGGAGCCGCCGCUGCCCAGAGCCUCAGCCUGGCUCGCUCCAUGCUGGCCAUCAGUGGCCACUUGGACAGCGAUGAUGACAGCAGCUCAGGAGGCCUAGUUGGUAUUGACAACAAGAUCGAACAAGCCAUGGACUUGGUGAAGUCUCACCUCAUGUUUGCUGUCCGGGAAGAGGUGGAGGUACUCAAGGAACAGAUCCGAGACCUGGCUGAGCGGAAUGCCGCGCUGGAGCAGGAGAACGGGCUCCUGCGUGCCCUGGCCAGCCCCGAGCAGCUGGCCCAGCUGCCAUCCUCGGGGGUCCCCCGCCUCGGACCCCCUGCGCCCAACGGGCCCUCUGUCUGAGCCUCUGCUCCCUCACAAUGUGCCUUUUGGGGGUUGCCACGGCUGUACCCCAUCUUCCUAUGCAGCUUUAAUGUUUAAUGCUCCCUGACCUCCCUCCCUCAGACCCUCCCCCCACACACACAAUAGUCCCCAGGAACGCAACUGGGGCCUCUCCAGGCUUUGAUGGAGAAGGAGAGGACUUCAGGAUGGGGGUGUUAGAAGGAGCCCCCCCACUCCAGGAGGCCCUUGCCUCCACUCCCUCCCUCCCUAUUCGCUCUGAGACACCCCCCCAACUGGUGUCUUGGGGGGUACUGGAGACUCCUUGGCAGACCACCCCCCUUCAUCCUACUUUGUUUACCCCCACAAUGCCGCCUUUCCACUGCCCAGGGGAGGGAGGAUGGACAGUAUCUGGAAGUUCUGGGAUUCAGGUUUUUGUUGUUGUUGAAAUAAUAAUUAUAAUUAAAACUCUGAAGAAACUUGAA